AUGUCCGAAGUCUCAAGCCGCCAAAAGGCGACAGCUGGGCCUUUCUCGCAGGUAAUCGCAGUCUCGCAAGAUGCCAUCAACACCGCCCUCCUUUUCCUCUUUCAGAAGCAUAAGGAGCUGCAGAAAAUCGUGGUUAAAGAUCCAAAUAACGGGGAACUGGACGCGCAGAUGAGCACAGCGAAGGUGAUGUUUCCUGUGACAGGCCAGAAUUACAGCACUGUAGUCUACCACUGUUUCUUCAAGUCGGGCACAUUGAAGCUGAAAACUAACAACGGGUUCGGCCCCCCUAUCAAAGUUGACGGAUGGGUCUUUGCCUUUGAAGUAGACCUUGCCAAACUGGCUGUCACAGAGGGUACCGAGCUGAGUGAAAUCAAGCAGAAGUUAAACCAACCGGGAGACUACUCCAUUAGCCGAUUAUACAUGGAUUUCACGAAGCAUAAAUGGGCCAACGGGGAAAGAACGAAGUUUCUGGUGCUCAUGCUAUCAUGGGGAGAGUCAUCCACGAUGACAGACGCAAAAAAGACUACAGUGGGGUACGCUUUGGAGACCAAAAAACCCGAAACUGUCAAUAAACCUGCGCCAACUUUCCCUCCAACAGCUCUGAGACACCAAAUCUACAAAUAUAUGGCUCCAGGUGCCUUAAAGCCCGAAGAGGGAUUGGACAAAGGGAAGAAUGCGCUUCUCUAUGUGGAGAUGACGCAGAAUAGGCCGUGGCCACAGGACACACCGUUGUCGUAUUCGGGCAAUUUUAUCAUCAACAACAUGAAAGCUACAGCGUGCAUCUCCCCACAGGUAUUUUUUGACUCGUAUCUGUUGCGGAAUGUACCCCCUAAAGCGCAAACCGAUGUCCCCGGCCUGCUGCAACAAUUCAACCGCUGGUUGUAUUUUUUCUUGGGAAAUUUUGACGUAUACUGGAACUCAAAUGACAACCAAUGGCAUUUGAGGUUUUCCUUCUUUAUCGGGCCCACAGACUUCAAAAAAAACCAGUACCCCUUUGAGGAAGUCUUGAGGGAUCCCAAUUUCUUCGCAUUCCACCGGAAAUCAGACACACAAUGGGAAUUCCGUAAGGAACUCAUUCCUCAUGAUACGAAAGGAAGUGGAGACCACUAUGCAACCAGUGAAGGAAAUGCGACCACCGUCAACACAGUCACAAUCCACCCUGGCAGCAACAAAAUCACACUAUCUGGGAAGUCCUAUAUGUAUAUGAAGUUUUAUGGCAAGAACCGUAAGAGCUGGUUCCAGCAUAAAGGCGGGGUUGUGUUGACCUGGAACACAAGUGCGGAGCUCAAGUCAGUCCACCAAGGAGGGCUUGAGAUCCAGCUCAAUGUCCCCAGUGAGAGCUCGAAAUGGGUGUCAACUAAAUUUCUAGAAAAUCCCGAGACAUUUGACAGCUCGCUGAUGGAGUCUGUCUCUGUCGGUAUAGACUGGAAACCGAUCAAGAAAAUUAAAGAAGCCGUCGACGAUGCCGUGAAGAAUCUUAACUUUAAACCGCUCUCACAUGACUUAAAGAGUGCGCUCGGGAGCACUUCGAGGUAUGUUUUGUCAGGUGGGCGGAAUUUCCUUUAUAAGGACCCGAUUUUUGGCAACAAGGGUGACAUGCUGGUUGAGGCUCAGUAUGAUGGCGUGCAGUCUACGGAUAGUGCGGCCGGGGGGUAUUUUGAUACCGAAUGA